AUGGCUUCAUUCAACUCAGUUCGGGUAGGAGCCGUUCAAGCAGAGCCCGUCUGGCUUGACCUGGAUGGCAGUGUCAACAAAACCAUCAGCCUCAUUGAGAAGGCGGCAUCAGAUGGAGUCCAGGUUCUUGGAUUCCCCGAAGUGUGGAUUCCAGGUUAUCCAUGCAUGUGGACUUCCGCGGUCAUCAACAACACACACAUCAUCCACGAGUACAUGGCAAACUCAAUGCUGCGGGACUCUGAGCAAAUGCGACGUAUUCAAGCCGCUGUUCGGAAAGCGAAGAUGUUCGUCGUUCUCGGAUACAGCGAGCGAGAGGGUGCCAGCUUAUACAUGGCCCAAUCUUUCAUCUCCCCUGGAGGAGAAAUUGUGCAUCAUCGUCGCAAGAUAAAACCAACCCACGUUGAGCGCACUAUCUGGGGAGAGGGCCAAGCCGAGUCGCUCAAAUGUGUUGUCGACUCUCCAUUUGGCAAGAUCGGCGGUCUCAAUUGCUGGGAGCAUCUCCAGCCACUGCUGAGGUACUAUGAGUACUCACAGGGUGUCCAAAUCCAUGUGGCUAGCUGGCCAGCCGAAUUCGAGAUGCCAGACCCGGCAAAGAUUAACUGGCUCUACCACGAAACAGCAGAGGCAAGCUGUCGAGCGAGCCAAUUCAUGGCUAUUGAAGGCCAAUGCUUCGUGCUCGUAGCAACUCAGGUCCUGACCGAGGGAAACCUCGAAAAAAACAACUUGACUGGGAAUCCGGUAACCAAGACGCCCGGAGGUGGGUUUUCCAUGAUCUUUGGCCCCGACGGAAAACCCCUGUGUGAGCCGAUUGAUGCAGGGGCUGAGGGUAUUCUGAUGGCAGAUGUCAACCUCCGAGACAUUGACUACCCCAAGGCAUUUAUCGAUGUUGUUGGGCACUAUGCUCGUCCAGACCUGCUUAGUCUGUUGGUGAACCCGAGUGUGGAUAAUCAUGUAACCAUGAUGCAAAAGUAG